AUGGAAGCCUCACAAAAAGCCUCCAUAAGAGAGAAUCUGCUCUUGAUAUCAUCCGCAAUUGUGGAAGCUCCCACACGCGGCCCAAGAAAGCAGCCGUGUCCAAGCUCUCUUCCACCGGGCUAUCGUUAUUGCAGCAAGGAAUAUCUUCUGAAGGAAGAACUAGCUUACCUGUAUCGGUUGUUUAGAUCUAACGCAUAUCCGACUAGUUUUGUGAAAAACCGCCUCAGGCGUCAUGCGCAACUCCGAGACCCCACUUCGCCUGGAGAAAUCGCGACACCGAAGUUCUACUCCCUGCCCUAUAUGCAGGGGACCACAGAAUUGAUCGCUGGGGAAGUAAAUCGACUCGGUAUCCGCAUUGCCAACAAGCUGACAUCUUUACUGCCUGCAGCACUAUCUAGAGUAAAGGAUGCUAUUUCCAAAGAACAGUCGACAAAUGCGUUCUAUCGCAUCCCGUGUGCUAAUUGCCUCUGCGUGCAUGCUGGUCACAUGGGUCGAAGCCUGGAGACUCGUAUUAAUGAACACAAACUAGCCGUCCGUCACCUUGACCGGCUGCCCCUUGUCUUUGCGCACGCACUCGAGUGCGGACAACUAUUCAGUGGGGAUGACGUUGAGGUCGUCGCCACAGCUAACACGAAAACGGACGAGAGAAGUCCCGGAGGCAUGUUCUCCAAUGCGGACAGUGUUAACCACCUGGACGCCCAUUAUGAGGGUCAACGAUCAUGCUUCACUGACCCCUGCUCCAUGCCGCACCAGCGGUCGCUAAUCCAACCGCCGACAGCCCCGCAAAUCCACCACUCUCCCGCCCCCCCCCCCUCCAACACAGAGAGCCAUAAUUGUUCUCUCCUUCUGGCUCAGAAACAACCGUGA